GCGGGGACACACCGCGACCGUGACGACACCGCGACCGUGGCGACACCGCGACCGUGGCGACUCGUCACCCCUUCCCUCCCCGCUCCCCAAGUACCGGCCCGGCCCCGGCGGGGCGAGACGAGGCCGCCGCCCCCCGGCGCCAUUUCCCUCAGCGCAGCGGAAGCGGAACCGGCGCGGCCUCGCCCCGCCCCGCGCCGCGUCACCGCCUCCAUAUAACGCGGCCCCGGCUCCGCCGCCCCGCGCAGCUUCAGCCGUCGGUGCGUGAGCCGGCGCCAUGUUUGCCGUGAGGCGGAACGCUCUCAUCGGCUUCAACCUCUACUGCGGCGGCGGCAGCGGCCCGGCCCUGGCUCCCGCCUCGGCUGCCGGGGGUCCGGCCCCGCCGCCGCCGCCUCCGCCCGCCGCCGCCGCCGAGGUGCCGCGGGCCGCGCUGGGCUCCGCGGGGCCCUGGGCCGCCGCUCCCGCCGAGGGACCCCGUUCGCUGAUUGGUCCGGCCGCGGCCCCCCGGUCGCUGAUUGGCUGCGGCGCGGCCCCUCACGCGGCGCGGCCCGGCGCGCUCUGGAGCCCCGAGGAGGAGCUGGACGGCUGCGAGCCCGAGCCCGAGCGCGGCCCCGCCGGAGGCUCGCUGCCCGGCACGCCGCCGGAGCUGCCCGACGGGCUGCGGCAGGACUCGCUGGAGCUCAUCAGCCGUUAUUUGAGGGAGGCGGCCGGUGAGGCCGAGCCCGCCGUCAAGAAGUUCUUUCCGGGGUUGUUGGGGGGACCCGGCCGGCCCGGAGGAUCGGGCGAUGCCGUGAUGGAGAAAGCGCUGGAAACGCUGCGGAGGGUCGGUAACGGCGUCAUGCAGAAACACGAGCUCGCUUUCCAAGGAAUGCUCCGCAAGCUGGAAAUCCAGAAGGAGGAAGAUCUGCAGUCAGUGUGUGAAGUGGCUGCCCACCUGUUCAGUGAUGGAGUAACAAACUGGGGUCGUGUGGUGACUCUCAUCUCCUUCGGUGCCUUUGUUGCCAAACACCUGAAGAGCAUAAAGCAGGAGAAGUGCAUCAGCUCCCUGGCAGGGAUCAUCACGGAUGCUCUCGUCUCGUCCAAGCGCGAGUGGCUGCUGAGCCAGGGAGGCUGGGAGGGCUUUGUCGACUUCUUUCGGGUCGAGGACCUGGAAGGCAGCAUCAGGAACGUCCUGAUGGCGUUUGCAGGAGUGGCUGGACUGGGAGCGAGCUUGGCCUACAUGAUCCGAAAGUCAAGGAAUUGAUGCUCUGCUUCCUUCGAGAGGAUGACAGAAAGCUCGAGUGGACUGCUUCAGCUCUGUCCAGGAGGCAACUGAUCUGCUUUAGCAGCAAACCAGUGAGAACCAGCAGCUCUUGUCUGGACUGGAGCCCUCUGGGCUGGUGCAGCAGCUGUGCGUGGAGCAGAUGUUUUCAGGGCUGGUGGUUGUGGGUUGCUGGAAAUAGCAUCUGCUGCUGCUGUCCUGCCUAAACUUGUGGCUUUUCUGUUGGAGCAGAAACACUGGGUGUUGUACCAAGCUGAGCCUCUCCCCAGGUGUGCUGCCCACCCUGGGGCCUUCUGCCACUGCUGGCUCUGCACAAAUCCACCUUCCAGAGGUGGGAGAGCCCAGACAAUACCUCCCUCCCCUCCACUACCAGAAUGUGGGGGUGCUGGGAGCCUUGCAGGGCCCCUCGGGGCAGCUGGGGUGAGGUGGGGCUCAGGGCUGGGAACCACAAGCUGGCUGGGCUGGGCCACACCACACACAGGCAGAUUCAAAAGAGGGAGUGAAUUUGUAAGUAUGUAAAAACAAACCCUCACCCCCCAUGGCGUGGGGAGGCUGUGUAAAGAACCUGUAAAUAGCUAUAAAUCUGUAAAAUAUGUACAUUUUUACAGAGCUAACAAGAGACACAAAAAGGAGGGGGUUGUGUUGUUAUGAAUGUGGUAGAAACUGCUUCUGGGUGCACUGUACUUCAUUCCUCAUGUGAAGUAGCAUAUUAUUUUUGGGUGGCAAAGCCUUCUCCUGCCUUGACUCCAAGUGAGCCUUUACUCUGACAUACUUGAGCAACAUUGCCAGGGAGUGUGUGACGAGGAGCAGUGGCCUGGUGUGGAUCAGUGGACUCUCUCCUUGUGUCCCCCCCUCCCCCAGCUGGCAACAAGUUGUUUGUUUGUUUUAAUGAGGAGGGUGGUUUUUUUUUCUUUGUUGGUGAUGUUCUUGCCCUUCUGAGCUGGGGAGCUGUGGGAAGGGAGUGGCUUCCUCACCCCUCUCCUUUUUACUCCUCUUUAAAGCCAUGAGUCAAACGGAGCUGAUGCUUGAAUGUAAACGUUCUAAGAGCAGAAUAAAACUCAUUGGCUCAGA